AUGCUCAACAAUAUGGAUUUAAACUCUCAAGACUCGUUUUAUCCUCAGUUUGAAAAUUGUAACAGCUCUUCCCUGGGGAUGGAAACUAACGGUGGGAAAGAUAACCAAGAUGCUUUCAUGGAUGCUGAGAGGAAAACAGCAUCUGCUCAGUUUUCACACGAGGGGACACCUGUUACCCCCAAAACUGAACCAAUCAGUUCGGAUUUCCUUUACAACUCCUGCCACGGCCCCAAAGAAAGCUACCCCUCCUCACUCGCCUAUUCCGGCAGCUUUUAUGUUGAAGCAUCUCAGGGGGCAACCUGCAGCACAGAGACACUGCUCAAUAUGAUCACUGAGAUUGUCGGUAUCUCAACGACACCCGUCUCUGAAGUUCAGCAGAGUGCCACUGGUACAUCGUAUGCCAGCCCUCCUUCGGUUGACAGCGGCCAUGGCAGUUUUUGCGACGCAGGAAUGCAGAGACAGGCCUCCUCCUGCUCAAUCGGCAGUGCCACCCCCCCGCUGUACUCCCCAGGGCAAUCCUGCCAAAGCUACCCCGACGCCCAAGCUACUGCUCAGCCACAAGAGUCAGGUCCAUCGCAACUGAACUUCAGUUCGCCCGCUCACACCACAACCGAGCACACAGAACCUCAGUCAGAAACUACGACGUUUCCAGUGGUUGUGAAGAACGAAUUUGAGAGCAGCUGUUACGAAUGGGGAGCAUUCAGUAAACCUGACAACUACUUGGACACGGGCUUCCAGUCAGAGACUUUCCCAAUGUCGAGUGACAUCCCAUCUGACCAACAGGUGAACGUGAAGGAGCUUCUAGACUCGUUUUCCCCCAUUUGCCCCAAUCCAGAAAUGGAGUUCAAAGCGGAAGGUACAAUUAAACAGGAGCAGUGCUUCACAGAUACUUGUUCCCAGAGUUUCGGCUCCCCCAUGUUUAACUAUCCUGCCCCGCUCAUGGAUGCCUCAUCCAACAGUCUUUUGAAGCCAUCCAUGUUCCCAAACAUUGAACUACAGACAUUGUCGAGUCAGUGCGACGCCACUUAUACGUCUUCGACCAUAGACUCGAUUCUCUACUCAUCUUUAUUGCCAGAAUCAUUCAGUCAAACUUACACACGGGCUCAAAAGCCACCCCGUGUGAGGAAGAGCAAUGCCAAUUCCAACGGUCCGGCAAAGGAGAAACCUUUCACCUGUCCGAUGGAAAACUGCGACCGGCGGUUUUCUCGUUCGGAUGAGCUCAACCGGCACAUCCGCAUCCAUACCGGACACAAACCGUUUCAAUGUCGCAUCUGUUUGCGCAGCUUUAGUCGAAGCGACCACCUAACCACUCACACCCGGACUCACACGGGUGAGAAACCGUUUUCUUGUGACGUAUGUGGCAAACGCUUUGCCAGGAGUGAUGAAAGGAAACGACACGGCCGCGUCCACCUUAAACAGAAAGAGAAAAUGGAGCUCAAACCUCAAGUAAUCAGCGCCUGGCCGUUCUCCUUGCCCGAGGGCAUAUGA